AUGGCGAGGAGUAAAGUGAUUAGUGGUCAUGGGAUAUGGAAAUAUUUCAACCCAUCUUAUUAUCUCAGAAGGCCGAGACGUCUAGCUUUGCUUUUCAUUCUCUUCGUCUCUGUUUCCAUGGUCGUUUGGGAUCGCCAAACUCUUGCUCGAGAUUACGAGUUUGAAGUUUCCAAGUUAAAUGAAGAAGUUUUGCGGUUGCAGAUGAUGUUAGAAGAGGUUAAAAUCAUCGCGGAGGAUGUAUCUGUGAAGAAUUUGAAGGAUGAUGUCCAGGAAAAUCCAGUUGAUGCCCAGCGAAUGCAGAGAGUAAAAGAAGCAAUGAUUCAUGCUUGGAGUUCGUAUCAAAAGUAUGCCUGGGGACAAGAUGAGCUUCAGCCCCAGACAAAAGAUGGCGUUGACAGCUUUGGUGGCCUGGGAGCAACUAUGAUAGAUGCAUUAGAUACACUCUAUAUAAUGGGUCUGGAUGAGCAGUUUCAAAAAGCCAGAGAGUGGGUAGCAACCUCGUUAGAUUUUGACAAGGAUUAUGCGGCCAGUAUGUUUGAGACAACUAUCAGAGUGGUGGGUGGGCUUCUCAGUGCGUAUGAUCUUUCUGGGGAUAAACUUUUCCUUGAAAAGGCUAAGGAUAUUGCAGACAGAUUAUUGCCUGCAUGGGACACUCAAUCGGGCAUACCAUAUAAUAUUAUCAACUUGAGACAUGGAAAUGCUUACAAUCCUAGAUGGGCAGGGGGAGACAGUAUUCUUGCAGAUUCUGGUACUGAACAGCUCGAGUUUAUUGCUCUUUCCCAGAGGACAGGGGAUCCAAAAUAUCAGCAAAAGGUAGAAAAGGUUAUUUCAGUACUAAAUAAGAACUUCCCUGCUGAUGGUUUACUUCCAAUCUAUAUAAAUCCUGAUACUGGUAAUCCAUCGUACUCUACCACGACAUUUGGUGCCAUGGGAGACAGCUUUUACGAGUAUUUGCUCAAAGUUUGGGUUUUUGGGAACAAAUCUUUGGAAGUGAAACACUAUAGAGAUAUGUGGGAGAAAUCAAUGAAUGGUCUGGUAAGCUUGGUUAAGAAAUCAACACCUUCGUCGUUUACAUAUAUCUGUGAGAAGAGUGGAAAUUCUUUGAUCGAUAAGAUGGAUGAAUUGGCAUGCUUUGCUCCUGGAAUGUUGGCUUUAGGAGCAUCUGGGUAUAAUGAUCCUGCUGAUGCAAAGAAGUUUCUUUCACUUGCUGAAGAGCUUGCAUGGACAUGUUAUAACUUCUACCAAUCAACACCAACAAAACUGGCUGGGGAGAAUUAUUUCUUCAACUCCGGGAAUGACAUGAGUGUUGGAACGUCAUGGAACAUCUUGAGACCAGAAACCGUUGAAUCACUGUUUUACCUCUGGCGGUUAACUGGCAACAAGACAUAUCAAGAAUGGGGAUGGAAUAUAUUUGAAGCGUUUGAGAAGAACUCACGUAUAGAGUCUGGAUAUGUCGGUUUGAAGGAUGUUAAUACAGGCGUUAAGGACAAUAAGAUGCAAAGUUUCUUCCUUGCUGAGACGCUCAAGUAUCUUUAUCUCCUCUUUUCGCCCACAACGGUUAUUUCCUUGGAUGAGUGGGUUUUCAACACAGAAGCUCAUCCACUUAAGAUUGUGCCCUGGAAUGGUCAGGUAAAUAUUGGACAAUCCAACAGCUUGCAGCUACACAAACCGACAAUUCGAUUACGCCAGAGAGGACUUGGUCGGAUAACAAAUAAGUAA